CCCCCUCUCCCCUUUCGCCGUCGCGGUCUACUCCACCCACACAUCCCCCCCCCCCCCGCGCCCCGCCGCCGAGCUCGCCGGGCGGCCGGCGAGAGGGCGUGCGCGGCGAUGGGGCAGGGCGCCAGCUGCGGGCGGCCCAGCGAGGAGGUGGACUUCUUCGGCGCGGCGCAGUCGGGCGACCUCGCCCGCCUCGCCGCCGCCGUCCGCUCCCGCCCUUCCCUCCUCGGCCGCACCACGCUCUUCGACCGCCUCUCCGCCCUCCACAUCGCCGCCGCCCACGGCCACCUCCAGGUGGUGUCCAUGGCGUUGGAUCUUUGCGUGCACCCGGACGUCGUUAACCGCCACAAGCAGACGGCGCUGAUGCUCGCGGCGAUGCACGGGAGGACCGAGUGCGUGCGGCGGCUGCUCGACGCCGGCGCCAAUAUUGUGAUGUUCGAUUCGUCGCACGGGCGGACGUGCCUGCACUACGCGGCGUACUACGGCCACGCCGACUGCCUACGGGCCAUCCUCUCGGCGGCGCAGUCGGCGCCGGUGUCGCAAUCCUGGGGUUUCGCGCGGUUCGUGAACGUGAGGGACGACACCGGAGCGACGCCGCUGCACCUCGCGGCGAGGCAGGGCUGGCGGCGCUGCGUCCACGUCCUGCUCGAGAACGGCGCCAUCGUGUCAGCCUCCAGUAGCGCCUUUGGAUUCCCCGGGAGCACGCCGCUGCAUUUGGCCGCGCGCGGCGGCAGCCUCGACUGCGUCCGCCAGCUCCUCUCCUGGGGCGCCGACCGCCUCCAGCGAGACUCCGUCGGGAGGAUUCCGUACGAGGUGGCGAUGAAGCGAGGGCACGUCGCGUGCGCCGCGCUGCUGAACCCGUCGUCGGCGGAGCCCCUGGUGUGGCCGUCCCCGCUCAAGUUCAUCAGCGAGCUCGAGCCGGACGCCAAAGCCCUCCUGGAGGCGGCGCUCAUGGAGGCCAACCGGGAGAGGGAGAAGAGGACCCUGAAAGGGGCCAGGAGCGCGUCGCCGUUGGCGUUGCCAUCGCCGUCGCGUUCAGACGACGGCGCGCACGACGCCGCCAUCUCUGAGGAGGCGGCGGCGGCCGGCGGCGGCGAGGUGUGCAGCAUCUGCUUCGAGCAGGCGUGCACGAUCGAGGUGCGGGAGUGUGGGCACCAGAUGUGCGCGGCGUGCACGCUGGCGCUGUGCUGCCACGCGAAGCCCAGCGCGGCGGCGGCGACGCCGUGCCAGCAGCCGCUGCCGACCUGCCCGUUCUGCCGCGGCGGCAUCUCCCGGCUGGUGGUGGCGACGACCAAGACCAGAGCAGGCGGCGACGACGAGGAGGACGACGAGGAGGCGGGCAGCAGGCUGGCGUCGCCGCUGCACAGGAGGUCUCGCCGGGCGGUGAACCACCCCAGCGGCGACGGCGGCAGCACCAGCAGCAUCAUGGGCAGCAUUGCGUCGUCGAUCGGGAAGAUGGGCAGACGGCGAACCGACAGCAGCGAACACGUCGACGUCGACAAGCCCUAGCACGCAACUCAUCGGAUCGAGUCAGAGUGGACACGAUCAUCCUGGUACAAGCCAUUGUCGUCGUCGUCGUAGUCUUCUUCAACCGAUCGGCAAAUGAGCUACUAUUUUUUGUAGAUUAUUACUAUUAUUUUUUCCUCAAGAAAAUGAGCUAUUCCAUCUGUGUAGAUUUGAGCCAUGCUGUAUUACGCUGUGUAAAUCCAAAUAAGCAGUCCUUGCAUGCUUGGUAGCCCCCAGCACUUCCAGUGGAGUUCUUGAAAAUUUGUAAAUGCCAGGUUCAGAGAUUUGGACCGAUAUGAUAAUGAGAACCCAAAACAAAUCCAUGUGACUGCUUUAUAAUUGGCUA